UUUCACAGUGAGGUUGAUGGAGAAAAGCGGAGGACAGAGACACGGUGGAGAUGUAGCACUUAACGGAAAUAACUGUUUUUACCGCUCCACUAUUCUUUUUUAACGCGCAUUCAACGAUUUUCUACUUAGUUUAUUUGUACUUUUCUCGUUUUACGGCGGUUUCGACACUUUACGGUCCGAGUCGGGUAUCCCUGGCAACACGAUCAACUGUCCUGCGAAGUUUGGAUCAAGUGUCUCACCUUCAACCGGAGAAUAAACGGAUAUUUACCCGCUGAACGGACGGAACCGGCUCCAGGGUGUAGACGGAGCCCGCCAGGAAGACUUUCCGGCUGUUUUUAUCCACUUUGUGUUUUCCUGGUUUGAAACCGAGCUCUGAGGGAAACGGGACAGCGCGAGACAAUAGUGGAGAGAGAGAGAGAUAGCUCGUGCAGGGGGGGAUCGAUGCUUCGCGGGGGCUUUGUUCUGUCCCGUGUGGAGACCCAGCGCGAGCCUGCGGCGGAUAUAGACCGACUGAUCGGCGGAUUGAUGAUCGGCUGCUGAUCGAUUAGCCGUCGGAGCAACAUGGACGUGACUCUGUCCGAGUUACUGGCCGCUUUCAUGGAGUCCCCGCUGGUGGCGUGGGUGAGGACGUUGGGCCCGCUGGGUUCGUGUGACGACGCCGGCUCAGAGGAACGGGUCAACAUGUUCAUGGAGCUGGUGGACGGCGUCUUCCUGCACAAGAUCAUGACUCACAUCGACCCGAGUCCCACCAAUCAGAGGCUGAACAAGAAUGUGAACAAUGACGUGUCGCUUCGCCUUCACAACCUGACUGUUCUCACCAGACACAUCAGGACGUACUACCAGGAGACCUUACAGCAGUUAAUCGUCAUGCCCCUUCCCAACAUCCUCUGCAUCGCCAAGGACCCCAUAUCAGCCAAAAGCAUGGAGGAGCUGAAAAGACUUUUGUUGCUGAUUCUGGGCUGUGCAGUGCAGUGUGAGCGAAAGGAGGAGAUGAUAGAGAAGAUCAAGCUGCUGGACAUUGAGACCCAAGCUGCCAUCGUCUCUCACAUACAGGAGGUGACCCACAAUCAGCUGAAUGUUCUGGACCUGUCCUGGCUGGAGGAAGGAUCUGAGCUGGCCCACGAUGAACUAGAACCUCUGUCUCGUAACAUGGCUGCGUCUCUACGGCAACUCAUUGACCAACGAGACAAAGCCAGUGAGGUGAUUGUAGAUCUCACCCAGGAGAGGGACUACUUCUCCAGUCAGCAGCCCCAGGAAGGAUGCAGGAACCUGGGCAUGAGCAGUCCGGAGCGUGGGCAGAAUUCUGGAGGCGUGGGAGUGAACGGUGGUUUGGCUGUGUCCACGCUGACCAAAGAGGAGAAGCAGCAUCUGUCUGUGGAACUAGCCGAUACCAAGUCCAAGCUCCGCAGAUACAGACAGGAGCUGGAGGAGAAGACGGAGCAGCUGAUGGAUUCAAAACAUGAAGUGGAGCGUCUGGAUCAGGAGUUACAGCGACUGAAACAAGAGAACCAGUCGCUGUCUUGUGAGGCUCGUUCAGUCCGAGUGUACCGAGACGAGGUGGACUCGCUGAGGGAACGAGCAGCUCGGGUCGACCGGCUGGAGACGGAACUGACCAGAUGUAAAGAGAAACUCAAUGACGUCCACUUCUACAAGACCAGAGUGGAGGAGCUCCGUGAGGACAACCUGACUCUAAUGGAAACGAAGGUGUUGUUGGAGGAGCAGCUGUCAGCCUCCAGGGGGCGCUGUGAUAAACUGCACACACUGGAAAAAGACAAUCUGUUACUACGGGCGAAGAUCCACGACCUGGAGAUGGAACGGGAUAAUGAGCGUCGGAGGCUGGAGGAGCUGGUGGAGGAGAACAUGCUGCUGGAGAUCGGACAGAAACAGAGCAUGAACGAGUCUGCUCAUCUGGGCUGGGAGCUGGAACAGCUGACCAAGAACCACGACAACACUAACACAGAGACUCGUAAGUCUCUGGUCCAUGAGCUGAAUGAGUGCGUUUCUAGCCGGGUGUUGAAGCUGGAGAAGGAGAACCGGGAGCUGCAGGCCUCCAUAGAGAGACUGAAGGAGGAGAACCACGUCCUGCAGGAGCAGCAGCUCCACACCCAGGAGCUGGACCGGGAGAACCAGAGCCUCAGCAACAAGUUGGAGCGCCUCCAGGGAUUGCUGGACCAGGAGAGAAUGACCAAUCAGGACAUGGAGUCCCUGGGAGAGGAAUUACUGAAGGAAAAACAGUGUCUGGAGAGAGAGAUGCAUGCUCUGAGGGCCACAAAAGAUCGACAGAUCUCAGAACUGGAGAGCGAGAAGCAGCACCUGUCUGAUGCAGUGGCGUCGCUUCAGGAGCGUGCUCAGUCCAACAGCGAGGCGAGGGUCCGUGAGGUGGAGGCUAAGAACCGUUUACUGCAUCAGAGCAUCACUGACACCAGUUCCCGACUGGCCAGCUUGGAAACCCAACUGAAAGUGGUCAGUGAGGAAGCAGAUAGGCUGAGAGAGCGAGCGGGACGAUGUGAGGAGGUGGAGAGAGAGGCUGCCAGACUGGAGAGGAGCAGGGACUCUCUGAGCAGAGAGGUGGAAUCUCUGCGUGAAUGCAGCAAUCAGUCAGAGGUUCUGGAGAAGCAGGUGUCCAGUUUGGAGCAGGAGGUGCACAAGCUGAAGAGAGAGGCGGAGGAGGCCCAGCGGGAGCUGCAGCGACUGGGGAAGCAGGAGGCAGAAAACAGCCUGCUGUCAAAGGAAAACCUGGACCUCCGCUGCUCCGUGGAAAACCUGCGCUCAUCAACCGCUCGCCUGCCCACCCUUCAGGAGGAGCUUCAGGAGGUGCAGAGAGAAAGACAGGAGCUGCAGAGGAGGCUGGAGGAGGCCAGUGAGGAGACACAGGGAGAGAAGAAGAGAGCAGAGAGGCUGGAGCUGAACUUGGCUGCUCUGAACCAGGAGAAGCGUCGCUUAGAGGAGGAAGUAGAAAAAAGCAAAGAGGAGAGGGUAGAGGUAGAGAGAAAGAGGCGGGAGACACAAAGCAGAGAGGAGGAACUGAGACGGGAAGUAGAGGAACUGAAGGAGGAGCGGAGAAGAAGGGAGGAAGGAGAUGAAGAGAGGAAGAAGCUCCAGCUGGACCUGGAGCAGUCAGAAAAGGGCAGGAAGUUCCUGGAGAAGGAGAGCUGGAGGAUCAGGACACUGCUGGAGGGGAAAGAGACAGAGCUGGAGGAGAAAGCAAGGCGACUGACAACGCUGGUAAAAGAAAGCGCAGCUCUGAAUAAGGAAGUGGAUCGGCUGAAGGAGAUGUCAGUCAAAGCCAAGGAGUCGGAGCGGGAGAACAAAGAGCUUCAGAAACAGGCAACUAUUGACAAGAGGACUUUGGCUACACUGAGAGAGGAACUGGUAUCAGAGAAGCUGAAUGUUCAGCAGCAGAGUGUCGAGUUAGAGAGACUGAAUGAAGAACUGGAGAAGAUCGGACUGAACAGAGAAAAACUAUUGCAACAGGAGCACACACUGGAGGACAGUAAGUACAGGCUGCUGGAGUCUCGACUGGAGAAAACGGUUCAACAGACAAUGAAGAUUAAAGAAGAGAAAAUCUCCAAUCUGGAAAAGAAACUAGAAGAGAGCAACACACUCAACAGUGCUCUCCGUACGGAGCUGGCCACGGUUCGACAGACGGUGUCUGCUCUGCGUCAACGACAGGAGGUGGAAGAGAACCACAACUCCCAGCAGCGUUCUGGGAACAACCGGGACGCCACGGCUGAGCUGCUUCGAAUCAAAGAUCAUCUCAUUGAUGUAGAGAAGAAUAACGCCUCCCUGCAGACGGAGCGCAGUCUCUUAAAGGAGCAGCUAAAACAGCUGGAAAACCAAAACACUUCUCUGAACAACCAGAUGGUGGCGUUGCAGCGAAACACCACCACCCUGCAGGAGCAGAAUUCAACGUUGCACACACAGACAGCAAAACUACAGGUGGAAAACUCCACUCUGUCCUCCCAGAGUGCGUCUCUCAUGGCCCAGAACGCGGUGCUGCAGGGUCAGGUCACCGCCUUGGAGACGGAGGUGGAGUCGUGGCAGCGGCAGCGUGAGGAGGCGUGGCGGGGCAGGGAGAGCGUGCUCAGCGAUCACGAGCGCCUGCUGAGCGUUCACGAGAGGCAAGCGCACGAGUACGAACAACUGAUCAGCCAGCACGCAGCGCUGAAAGGCAAGCAGAGGGCGCUAGAGAGCGAACACAGGACGCUGCACGGCAAGUAUUGUGUUUUGCUGCAGCAGAAGGAGAAAUGGGAGGAGCAGGAGGGCCGUGGCCAGAAAGAAAAGGAGGAGCUGAACCAGGAGAUUCAGAAGAAUCGGCUGCUACAGCAAGAUAAUCUGCAGCUAAAAACAGAACUGGACAGACUGACAGAGAACCAGUCACAGCAAACGGAGCAGAGUGAGGGACUCCAGCAGCGAGUGAACGAGCUCAAAAGCUCAUUAAGUUCCUCCCAGCUGGAGGUGAGUCGAUGGAUGGCGCGAUAUGAUUCCCUGAUGGAGCAGCAUCAGGGUCUGGAUCUCACCAUGACCAAACUGGACAACCACUGUGAGCUGCUGAGUCGACUGAAGGGAAACCUGGAGGAGGAGAACCACCACCUCCUGAGUCAGAUCAACCUGCUGAGUCAACAGAACCACACUCUGCUGGAGAGGAGCAUGGAGAGCAAAGAGAUGUAUCACCAGGAGCAGAAACUAUACAUUGAUAAGCUGAAUGCUCUUCGUCGACAAAAAGAGAAACUAGAGGAGAAGAUCAUGGACCAAUACAAGUUCUACGACCCCACACCUAAAAAGAGGAGUCAGUGGUCUGGAGCCAAAGCUUUGGCCAAACUGAUUAAACCCCGCAAGGAGAGCAGCAGAGAGAGAGGAGGCGACCGGGACAAGGAAGGAGCCAAAGACAGAGAGCGAGCGAAGAGCGCCCCAGACAUCCCCCUACCUGCCACGCCUUCCCUCCUGCCCCCCGAGACCCCGCCCCCUCCUCCCCAGCGGAUGGGAAGUGAAGAAGGCAGCGCUGCACACAGUAACCAUAACAACCACACCAGCAGCCCCGUCCUGGGACCCCAGAGUCCAGCCCUGACACCCAUCAGCCGAGGAGGGACUGACCGAGGCCGGAGCGUUUAUCGCAGCAGCACUCCAGGAGGCAGUAAUGAAAAUGUCAAUGGAGAAGAUGGACACGGGCAAGUUCAGACCUAUAAAAGCCAUCUGAGCUCCACUCCCAGCCACCCGUCAUCCUCACUGGGCAGCUCCAGCUCCAGACUGGUCCAAGGCCCCGGCCGCAGGCCCAGAGGUCUUUUUGAUGAACACUCUCGCCACAACACGUCUGACUCAGUGUUUGGUCCCCAUGGCAACACGGGAGGACGGCCAGGGUCGGCAGACUUCAGCCACAACUCGUCCACCUCCAACUCACCCGUCAACUGCAGAGACACACCUGAUCGUCAGGUUCGCUCAGCCAGCCUCUCUAGCGAUGAUGUCGUGGGUCUCAGCCAAUCACAGCAGAGUCUGUCACGUAGUUCCACCCUUCCAUAUGACCACACACCCCAGAGGGCCCAACCACAGCGCGGAGUGAGAAGCAAAACCCGUCCGUCGUCUCCUGGGAGUGAGAUGGUGACACUGGAAGAGUUUUUACAAGAGAGCAACCUGCAGUCUCCUCCUGUGGUGUCUACAGGAAGCAGGGAGGACUUGAUGACUGACUAUUUUACCAGAAGCCCCGCCCCCUCAGCUAUCACUGGCAGAGAUCAGGCCACGCCCACCAGCUACGUCACGCCCACCAUCCAGCCGUCCAGCCAGAGGCCAGGACAAAGUGUGAAGCCUUCACCCCGGCAGCCUGUUGGCCAAUCGCCAGCCUCCAGCCAGCCGGUCAGCCAGAGGAGCAGCCAAUCACUGAGCAGAGCCUUCAGCCUGGCCUCGGCCGACCUGCUGCGCUCCAACGGACCGGACAGCUUCCGUGGAAAUGAGGGGUCUCCUGGACAACCAGAUGUGGUGGUCCGGCGGCCAGGUGGAGGAGCUAACGGAAGAGAGCGUCCGCUGUCGGCUCGUUUUGCCGCUCCGGCCGGUCACCAUGGAGACGGCAGCUUCGUAAACCCAACCAUUCACCACUCGACCUCCCUCAACCUGCAGACGGAGAGGUACGCCGAGAGGGAGAGGGACAGAGGGAGGACCCCCGUCUCUCGGAACAGCCUCUCCACAUCCUCCACCCAUCACCGUGGAGAGGUCGCCAUGGUGACCCCCGUCAGGGCGGUGCCGGCCACGCGGCCCGAUGACGCCUCAGAGCACGGGGAGGUCCUGAGAGACGGGCGGUCAGCGGACACCUCCCACACAAAGAAAGACGGCGAGAGAGUGAGGUGUGGCUCCGUCGAACGCCCAAAAAGCACACCAGCAUCCCCCGACCCCAACAACGACCCCCAGACUGUGUGGUACGAGUACGGCUGUGUCUAAACACUGAAAUGAAUGGACGUCUAUGAGUGUCUAAAGACAGGGACCAGAUCCUCUACUGGAGCUGCACACUGGUGCUGUAAUCCUGGAUCCAAACCCUGAGACAGAAGCAAUCUGAGCUCUUUGUAUUGUAGAUUAAAGUUAGAACUCUUGAAGUCUGUGCUAGGUUUUGUUCCAGUACAGUAUCAGCCACUGGAAAUCUGUGGCCAGGGCUCUGUCUAAUCCAUGUACAAACAUCUCUGCAUAAAAGAAUCCAGUGUGUUUUCUGACACAUACUUCUGUAGAUGAACGACUGGCCUUGUUUCCAUUAUAACACCUGCCAAUACGGUCAUCCAUCAGGGAGCUUAAUGAGGUAGCUGCUGGGGUUUCAAUCACAUCACACCUCUACCGCUGACUCUACCGACUCCAUUUCCUGUCACCAGUUUUCAUCACACGCUGAAUCUCGGAGAUGGAAGCAAUACGGCUUUGACCUCCAUCACUGAUGGACUUCCAGAUGUAAACUUGAACAGCACAACACUACAGGUGGUGUCUGAGAAUCUGGGAUUUGAUAGCCUCUACUAUCACCAUGUUUACUGAGACCCUGCAGGAUUUUCUCCAGGAGCUACCAAAGGAGCUUUUUUGUUGUUGUUUUUUUUUUUAAAAUGGCUUUAGUAUUGAUUGCUAAAUGAAAUGUGGAUGUUUUUAACAGACGAUGAUCCAGGUGUUACAUUUUUAAGAGUGCUUUUUUUACCGAGCAGAAACGGAGAUGGAAGCUGCAAUAUCUGUGAGAGUCUCUAACACUUAAAGCCUGCAGGGACAAGUAACAGAGGAGCAGAACACUAAGAGGGACCUCUGAUGGCUCACCGACAUGCUGGCCUGCACAGGCUUACCUGGAUUACACCAAAUCUGCAGAACUUUAGUCCAGGAAUUAGCCUGAACCAUUUGACUGAACUGAAGAAAAGAUUACCAGAACAACUGAAUGUAGCAGCUCCUGUCUUUCUCUCAUCUGCUGUCAAGAGCAAACACUGGAAAAGGCUGGAGAGGAGCUGAGGAAAGGCGACAGAUCGAGCAGAGACGAGGAAGGAGAAAGAGAAAUAGAAAAGAGAGAGUGGUGAGAGAGGGAGAUAGAUAUAAACGGAUGGAGAUAAACAGGACAGACAUGGAGGGGCUCCUCCCAGUUAAAUUACAGUCUGUCUCCCUCCAUCUUUAGAUUCUGUCCCAGCAUGCAACACUCUGACACUUUACUGGAAAUGUUGCUCUACGCAAGCCAAUACUAGCCUCACACACACACACACACACACACACACACACACACACACACACACACACACACACACGUAUAUGUAAUGAUAUAUACAGACACACAGGCAUUGUCCUUGAGGGGGUUGGCCGUGGCUUCUCUAACCAUUGAGCUGGACUUAAUUCACACACACUGACCACAGGGUGAACCGCUGUGUUUUGGUGGGUUGUCCUGCUGCACGCUACGUUAGCCAGACAGCUAGAAGCACAACAAACAGAGAGAAUCAGAAUGAACUCAGAGCAACACACCCACUGUCUUCUGCACAUGAAUGAAGUGACAAAUGAGAGUUCAGAGUUUUAUGAUAACUGAAUGCACCAGAACAAAAUCAUCCAAAUGUCUCAAAUAAAUAUCCUGAUGCACAUUAAAUUUUAGCAAAUGCUAUGCUGGUCAGCAUAACUACUUGGUAUUGUAUGAUACAUAGCAGCAGGAAGCAAUAAGGAUAAAACCUUUUUUAAAUAAAACUUUAGUUCAGUUCUGAAUCCCUUCGUCAGCUGCAGAAAAUUCAUCAGAAACAGUUGUGAUUGUUAUUUAUUCAUCCUGGCCAUUGUUCAAGCAGACUUUCCAAGUACUCUUACUGGUGAUCAUUUGCUGCUUUCUUUGGUUUUAUUGUUGUAGACAGAAUGUCUUUGGGUUUAGGACUGCAGGUAAAGCAAAAAAAGACAUUUGAAUGCUCAACGUUUCACUCUUAGAAGUAGAUAGUGAUUUUUUUUAAUGUUCUGUAAACAGUCAAUCAAAUAAUGAAGAAAAGUAAUUUACAGAUGAACUCAAAAGUUUGGACACGCCCACUCAUUCCAGGUUUUUCUGUUUUUCCGAUUUUCUACAGUAUCAAACAAAACCGAUGGCAUCAACACUAUGAAAUAUCACAUUUGGAACUAUGUAGCGAUACGUGUAAACAAACAAACAAACUAAAGCUUUCAUUGUUACAUUCAUCACAGUGGUACACUUUUGUUUUGAUAGUAGCUUUGCUCACCAUGACUUCAUGACCUGAAGCUUUUCCAGCAGCUCUGAAGGACUUCCUGCGUAUAUCCAGCACCUGUUGGCUGCUUUCCUUCACUCUGGUCCAUUCCAUCCCACACUGUCUCAGCUGGGGGUAGGUUGGGUGAUCGAGAAAGAAAAAUCUCAAAUUUGGACUCAUUAGAUUUCCUCUGAUCAACCAUCUGUUCCUGUGUUUCUCAGUCAAAGCUUCCUCCUCUGGAAGAUCCUCUGAUCCAUUCAGUCUUCUCCCAGCAGCUGACUUUCAGAGGCGACUGUUUGAACUCUGGAGUCAUUGUUGUGGUUUCUGAUCUGAUAGCUGUUGAUCUGGAUGUGCUAACCUCCUCGGCAACAGACAGAUCGUUCUUCCUUUUCCUCUUGAAAUCCCAGUUUUUGCUGGAUCUUUUUUAUGACUUAAAGUCUCAAAAUAAUGAUGAACUGUUGCUUGUCUUUGCUUAGCGGAGCAGUUCCUGCUAUAAUAUAGAUCAGUGCAGGAUUUAAAGAAGACCGUUGGCUGUUUAUGACUCAGUACGACUGAUGGUCUGAUGAAGUUCCUCCAGGUAACUUCUGAAGAUUCACCAGUCCAGGUGUUGUUGGUGUGCAAAGCUGUCAUCCAGACAACCAGUGGUUACUGUGAGGAAGAUGAGGAUCUGUGUCCAGACUUUUGACUGCCCAGAUCAGAUGAUUGACCCAGAAAUAAUGUAGCCGUUUAAUUGUGACCAUGACCAGCAGUGUUUCCUGUUGAUGACUGCUUUGAUAUAACCAGAGAUCUAAAAGGGAUGAACGUUAACAGUAAGACAGAUUAUUACACAGCAGAUAAAAAGCUGACAGACUGGCCAAAGCUGAAGUGUAACUUCACUUUUUUUUCCCAACCAUUCCAGUUGCACAAUUACCAACACUUCUGACAUUUAACUUCAGUCUCUCAGCACCCACCACCUCCAGAUGUCUUCCAUUCUGUCACAUCUGACUGGAUUUGUCAUCAGUCGUGUCACAAAAGACCUUUGCAUUGAGUUAUUUCUUCUUUAUUUUGUCUGUGUGAAGGUCAGAGGUUGUGGGAACAUUCAUGCACAGAAUCAGAGUGUACCGAACACAGAGUUGUCUCCACUGGUGGAUGACAGAAUCUGAAAAUUCUUUAGUCCAUUUGAAUAGAAAGACAAUGAAGAGGUGGCGUUUUGUCUUUACUGCUGUUAGUAAAUUCAAACCUGUCCCAUAAAUCUGCAUCAGAAAGAUUCCAAAAGCAUUACAGCAGUGAUGAUGAUGAUGAUGAUGAUGGUGAUGGUGAUGGUGAUGGUGAUGAAGAUGUAACACUGGAGUUGUGAAGAUGAACCUCAGACUGAGAUCUGUGUCUGACACAUUCUGAACAUAAAUCUCAUGUCAAUAUUCAACCUGCUAAAUUAUUUCCUGUAGUGUUUGUACAGCGUGUUAGAGUUUAUGAACCGCUCAGAUAUUAUGAGUUUUUAAAAUGUUUGUUAAUUCCCAAAUUAAAAAUCUAAAUUAGAUGAUUUCCUGUAAGCUGGUAAAAACCUGUGAUUCCACUGUAUAAUUUUUAAUAUUUGUAGAUUUUCUAAAGAAGUAGAUUCCAGUGGUGGGGAUAUUGGCAGAUACAGUGACAGGAAGUGAAACCCUGUAGGUUAACGCUGUCAUUUCUGAUUCCUGGGUUUGUUUAUCGCCUGUUUUGUGCCUCAGAGCAUCGCAGCGUCAUCACUUCCCAAAGCCUUUUAGGCCACAUCUGCGUGUUUGUGUUUUGUCGGUUUCAGUUUUCUGGUGUCAAAAUGUGGAAAAUGGAUUCCCAGAAGCAGUUUUUUAUUGAAAUGACACCAUCGCUGUCUUGUGUUACCGUGUUAAUGUGUGUUAAUGUGUGUGUGUCUGUUGCGUUUCUUCUUGUGUGUCCAUCUGUCUCUUUCAUUCACUCCCUGCCUGUCAGUCUGUCCACGUUCUUCUGGUGUCCUCCUUCAACCAGACCUCUGUGAUCUCUGCCUCAGAAUUUCCUCGUCUGGACACCGUUGUGCAGCUUUUACUGAGUAAAAAUAAAACCACAACGCGAGGGACAGGAGAGAGUUGCAGCAUUGAGGGGGAGAAGUGAAAGAAGAAGGUGUCGUGGACGAACGUCACUGAUGCUUCCUGCUGUAACUGGAAUUACUGCUACUGUAGCUCACUUUAUGAACUUUCUGACUGCUAUGCUGUGAUGUGACUACUGCUAAAGACUGUUGAAAGGCUUCUAGUUUGAUUCAGCUCAAUGAUGAUGUUAUUACACACAAAAGUUUUUUUGGUAAUAAAGAGUUAUAAAGUCGAA